GAAUGAAAUGUCAUUCGCCACUAACAAAUCCAAUUUGUGUGGCUGUGGUCGGUACUCGGUAUUCUGAACAUAACAAUAAAAUUUACUCUUCGUCUUCGAAUUCAGUAGAUAAUAGUGAGUAAACACUAAAUAGAAACGAAGUGCAGUGAAGACUUGUAUACGUUUUUUAUUUCAAUAUAGUUAAAAUGUCUAGCGAAACGACUAACAAGAACUUUUCCAAUUUGGAUACACCUGGUUAUGUAGGGUUUGCCAACCUUCCCAACCAGGUGCACCGCAAGUCCGUGAAGAAGGGCUUUGAGUUCACUUUGAUGGUAGUCGGUGAGAGUGGACUGGGCAAGUCCACUCUAGUCAACUCUCUGUUUCUAACUGAUCUAUACCCUGAACGUGUUAUCCCUGACGCUAUUGAGAAGACGAAUCAGACAGUGAAGCUGGAUGCUUCGACGGUGGAGAUUGAGGAGCGAGGAGUGAAACUACGCCUCACCGUAGUUGAUACUCCUGGUUACGGCGACGCUAUUGAUAACACAGAUUGUUUCCGUUCGAUAAUUCAAUACAUCGACGAACAAUUUGAACGGUUCCUGCGAGACGAGAGCGGUUUGAAUCGACGUAACAUUGUUGAUAACCGUAUACAUUGCUGCUUCUACUUCAUAUCUCCGUUUGGACAUGGGUUGAAACCUCUCGACAUUGAGUUUAUGAAGCAAUUACACAACAAAGUGAACAUUGUGCCCGUUAUCGCCAAAGCCGACUGUCUCACCAAGAAGGAGGUUCAGAGGUUGAAGACUAGGGUAAUGGAAGAAAUUGAACGCGAGGGCAUCAAGAUCUACCAUCUACCUGACUGUGACAGUGAUGAAGACGAGGAUUAUAAGGAACAGGUACGUCAGUUAAAGGCAGCGGUGCCGUUCGCGGUGUGUGGCGCGGGGCAACAGUUGGAGGUGCGCGGGCGCCGCGUGCGCGGCCGGCUCUAUCCUUGGGGAGUCGUCGAGGUCGAGAACCCUGAACACUGCGACUUCAUCAAGCUUAGGACUAUGCUUAUCACUCACAUGCAAGACUUGCAGGAGGUGACUCAGGAAGUUCACUACGAGAACUACAGGUCGGAGCGACUCGCCCGCAGCGGACAGGUGCCCAAGCGACACACUUCGACUGAGAGCGGUUUGAGCGAGGCAGACUCUAACGGUCUUACAAAUGGAUCCGAAGACCCAAGUGACCGCGAACGUGCGCUGCGUGAAAAGGAGGCCGAGCUGCGUCGCAUGCAGGAGAUGUUGGAACAGAUGCAGCGACAGAUGAACCUGCAGGCUGCCAGCGGCGCCAGUACCACUACUACCGCAUAGUGCUUGCGUACCGCACAGUUGGACAUUAGUACGGCUGUCCAGCUGCCAGCGACGUGUGACCUCGUCAACUCUAUACUUCGCGCCAUCCCCUACUGCGUUACUUCCAACUAGGUGUAACUGUCGUACAGCCUGUAACGUUCACACAAAUAUAUCGCUCGAAAUUUGUAAUAUUAAGAGUUAAAAUUGUAUCGUUGAAAAAUCGUCUAAAUAGACUAGUUUAGCCGUAGUCGCUUUUCCCAUCACUAUUACAGUGACAUCUCGAAUACCUUAAUAUCAUCAUCAUGUCAUAAUGAUGUUCAUGUUCGCUUAGCCUUUGUGAUCAAAAAAUCCGUCAUUAAUAUUAAAAUAUGUAGUUUACAAAUAGCAAUAUUCACAAAAACUUUGUGUGACCGACGCCAUAUAUUUUUGUGAACAUUACAGAGUUAAGUAUUAUUUACUCAAAUAUUAUUUUCCUUUCAUAUAUUAUAGGACGAUUAUAGGUAUAUCCAUAUCUAUAGACAAUAGAAUGUUUUAUCUCUCUAUACUAGUUGUAAGGUAAAUGCAAUAUUUAUACAGUGCAGGUAUAUAACGUUUUAUUUUAAGAAAGUGCACUACACUUUGAAGUAGGCUACGAUUAAUCGACUAAUGUAUAUUUGAAUAGUCGAUUGUACGUUCAAGAUGCACACGGAGCACUGCAGAAUCUCACAUUGCUGUCUGUGUUAGGGUGCACUUUAUCUUAUAAUUCUAAGACAAUAUGCUAUCGUUGAUAUAGAAUGAGGUGUUGCAAGCUUAAAGCACAAUAUUACACGAAUCAUUUCUGUAAAAACUAGUAUUUUUCAUUCCAAUCUGUAGUGAGAAUUGACUUGUCCCACAUGAAUUCGUAAUUGUACUUGUCAAGUAGAUCGUAUACUAAAUAAGAUGACGUAACCUAUCGAUAUGUGUUAAUUAAUUGUUAAUGGUAACAAUAGGUUGUAAACAGCGGCCUCAUAAUGUUGAUCUGAUAUGCAUUUAUUAUUAUUGUUCUGUGCCAUUUCGUUCUAUAACAUGAUUUAUAUUUAAUACGUAUUUCUGUCAAUUAAGUCACUGCCUAUAUUUUGGUCGAAUAUUUAUAUUAUUACGUUGCAAUACCAGGAAACAUUUUUGGUUUAUAUAAUUAUGUUUUUCCUUAUAAAGAAGUGAAGACUUCAAAUUUUAUUCUCAUGACAAAAGUAUUAUUUUACUUUUAUGACUGACUUUAUAUUUUAUUUGAGUAUUCCAUUUUUGUAUUGUCAAUUUACUCUUUAAUGUUAGGAGAUUAUUACACUGUCCUACUAGGUAUGCAUGAAAAUAUAUUAUUAUUUUUAAGGAAUUAUUGGAAUGAUUGUAUCGAAUUGAAGGCUGAAUUGCUAUUUGGGAUGUCUAAUUAAAUUGAAUUAUCAAAUCCUAACUUUAGUAGGUACUUAAAAUUCUUAGUAUCUUGUGUAAUUAGAAUUUAUUCCAGCAUUGGUGCAUUUAUUUUGUAUUCUAAUGAUAUCUCCUUAUUGUAAACUAAUUGAUGAAUCGAACAUAAAAUGUAAUAAAUUUUAGAAGUUAAAUUGGUGCCAAAGUUUCGAAAUGAAAGUCAUUUAACUUGAAAAGUAAUAGUUUCUGGAUUAUUUUAUUGUGAGUUAUCUAGGUACCCGUGUACUUUUAUGUAAAAGAAACUUCUAUGUAAUCAUAUUUUUAUAGUAAAUGUAAACGAAUCAUUA